AUGUCCCUGAGUUCCUGGAGGCAAUUCCAGCUUUUUGAGAAUAUCCCCAUAAGAGAUCCUAAUUUUGGGGGCGAUUCCCUAUUAUACUCGGACCCAACACUUUGUGCAGCUGCAAUAGUGGAUUCUCAAACUUUAAUCAUAGCUGUGAAUUCAAACAUUAUCAAAGUAGUCAAACUAAACCAGUCGCAAGUAAUACACGAAUUUCAAUCUUUUCCUCAUGACUUUCAAAUCACUUUCCUCAAAGUCAUUAACGGUGAAUUUCUAGUAGCGCUGGCAGAAUCCAUUGGUAAACCUUCCUUAAUAAGAGUAUAUAAACUAGAGAAAUUGCCAAACAGAGAACAAGUAUACCAUUCCCAAGUUGAGUUGAAAAACGGUAACAAUACUUACCCUAUCUCAGUUGUCUCCAUAUCAAAUGACCUUUCGUGUAUUGUGGUUGGAUUUAUCAAUGGGAAAAUCAUCCUUAUUAGAGGUGACAUUUCAAGAGAUAGAGGAUCCCAACAAAGGAUUAUAUAUGAAGAUCCGAGUAAAGAACCCAUAACAGCGUUAUUCCUUAAUAAUGACGCAACGGCUUGUUUUGCCGCUACGACUUCAAGAAUCCUUUUAUUUAACACAACCGGUAGAAAUAGAGGCCAUCCAAGUUUGGUUUUGAAUCCCAAAAACGGACUAGACCUGAACUGCGGAGCUUUUAAUCUAGCAACAAACGAAUUUAUAUGUUGUUUAAGCAACUUUAUUGAGUUUUUCAAUUCUAGUGGAAAAAAGCAUCAAUUCGCGUUUGAUCUCUCGCUGAGGAAGAGAAUAUUUUGUGUAGACAAAGACCAUAUUUUAGUUGUCACUGAGGAAACAGGUGCGCCAACCACAUCCAUAAGUGUUAAUGAACUGUCACCCACAAUAAUAAACCGAAUAUUUAUCAUUGAUGCUAAAAAUAAAAUCAUUUCUUUAAAUUUUGUUGUCUCCAGUGCAAUCAUCGACAUUUUUUCCACCUCUCAAAACGGUAAAAAUAUCACUUAUCUGUUGACUUCUGAAGGAGUAAUGCAUAGGAUAACGACGAAAUCUUUAGAAAAUCAGAUUAGCAUCAUCAUCCAGAAGGAACUAUAUCCAUUUGCUUUACAAUUAGCGAAACAACAUUCAUUACCAUCCCUGGAUGUUCAAGAAAUUCACAAAAAAUAUGGUGAUUAUCUCUUCAAAAAGGGUCUGAAGAAGGAGGCAACAGACCAGUAUAUACAGUGUUUGGACGUUGUGGAAACUAGUGAAAUCAUUUCAAAAUUUGGGGUCAAGGAAGUUCCUGAUCCAGAGAGUAUGAGAAACUUGGCCGAUUACCUAUGGUCUUUGGUCAAGAAUUCUAUUUCUCAACGCGAUCACAUUACCCUAUUGUUAAUUGUUUUAAUAAAAUUGAAGGAUGUUGAAGGAAUUAAUAGUUUUAUCCAGCAUUUUGAUAGGAAUGGCAUAUGGAAUGAAGAUAUUGUGAUGGAUGAUAUGGACGAUGUGUCAUUUUUUUAUACAGAUAACGAUUUUUUUGAUUUGGAUUUAAUCUUAGAGCUUAUGAAAGAGUCUGAUUUUAAGCGUCUUUCAUACAGGCUUGCGAAGAAGUAUUCAAAGGAUUCGCUAACUAUAGUGGAUAUUUUAUUGAAUCUGUUGCAUAACCCUAUAAAAGCCAUAAAAUACAUAAAAAGUUUACCAAUUGAUGAAACCCUAAGAUGCCUUGUGACGUAUUCGAAAAAAUUACUAGAAGAAUCACCCAAUGAAACUAAUGCUUUACUGAUCGAAGUGUUUACAGGGAAGUUCAAACCAUCCACUUUUGAAGUAGAACUGGACCGUAGAGAUACCACAGGCGAUUUUUCCGAAAAUAUUAAAACUGUAUUUUACAGUUACAAAACAUUCUUCAACUACAUGAACUCGAACGUCAAAUCAGACGCAAUGAGUGAGUCUUCAGAGGCGUCCCACGAACAUGAAGAGCCUACUUACCAUCCGCCAAAGCCAUCCAUUGUUUUCAGUUCAUUUGUUUCAAAACCUUUUGAAUUUGUUGUUUUCUUAGAAGCCUGCUUGGCAUGCUACCAGCAGUAUGAGGGUUUUGAUGAAGAUAGACAGGUCAUUUUAACUACUUUAUACGACUUAUACCUAAAUUUGGCGCAAGAUGAUGUGCCCGAACGCGUAGAUGACUGGCGUUCAAAAGCGGCUGGCGUACUGCGUGAGAGCAACAAGUUGGUGUAUUCUGCCGUUCAUAAUACUACCGGGAAAAAGGUAGAUAAUUCAAUAAUGCUGUUGAUCUCCCAUAUGGAUCAAAGUAAUGUUUCAGCAAAAGAUAAAACCACAAUUGACAUAGCAUCAUUUGCCAAUGAUAACCCCGAAAUGGAUUUGCUAAGUACAUUUAGGGCUAUGACGUUAAACGAAGAACCAAGUACAUGCCUCAAAUUUCUAGAAAGAUAUGGGGCAGAAGAACCCAAGCUUUUACAAGUGGCACUGAGCUACUUUGUUUCAAAUAAACUCAUCUUCAAAGAGAUGGGGGGUGAUGAAGUGCUGAAAGAAAAAGUGUUAAGGCCAAUUAUAGAUGAGGAAAGGAUGUCACUGCUCGAUAUAAUCAAAGCACUUUCUCGUACAAAUGUGGCCCACUUUGGGCUGAUACAAGACAUCAUUAUUGAUCAUGUUAAAACCGAAGAUAUAGAAAUUAAAAGAAACGAAAAACUAAUUGAAUCUUACGAUAAAGAGCUGAAGGAGAAAAAACAGAAAUUGAAGAAUACCAUUAACUCUGACCAACCUAUCCAUGUACCCCUGAAGAAUCAAACAUGUUUCAUGUGCAGUUUGCCGUUAGACGUUCCUGUGGUGUUUUUCAAGUGUGGCCACAUAUACCACCAACAUUGUCUAAAUGAAGAAGAAGACGCUUUAGAGAAUGAAAGGAAGCUCUUUAAAUGCCCCAAAUGCUUGGUGGAGUUAGAGACAUCCAACAAACUUUUUGAAGCUCAACACGAAGUAGUUGAGAAGAAAGAUCUUUUGGAUUUUGCAUUAAACGGUGAAGAAGGCAGUAAAGACCGCUUCAAAGUCAUAACAGAGUUUUUGGGUAGAGGCGCCAUCAGCUAUUCUGACAUCACUAUUUAA